AGGGGAUUUUUGAGGAAGCAAUCCUUUUUUGGCACGCCCAGUGGGACAUCAUCGUGUCUUACUUACAGUUUUCAUAUUCGUUGUUCUUUUUUCCAAGAACAAGUGCAAUUAUGCCACCAAAAAGAAACGUUGGGAAAGCUGCCCAGACUUUACAGAUUGGUCUUGGUGAAGGUAGUCCAGCACACUCAAAAGGAGAGAAUGAGCCAAUCAUUCCACCACCAUUGUCACCAAUAUUUGGGGAGCAUUCUUUUGUCAAUCCUACCUUCAACAAGGAUAGUGAAUCUGGAGAUGAUGUUGCUCAAUCUGGUGAUUCUCUUAUGAAAGCUGUGUCAGAUCAGAUUAGCAUCAUGAGGCACACACUAUUGGAAUCUGAGGAGAAAGCUCAACAAAGAAGCCAAGAGCCACCUCCUCAGAUUCAGCAGGCAGCAGGCAGACCAGUCCAACCAGAUCCUGUUGAGGCAGCACCAUGUGCAGCAGAACUGGGCAAUCACCAACAGCCUAGAUAUUUGCCACCUCCGCGCCGACCGAAUGGAGGACAUCAACAACAUAAUGCACCUCCACUAAGUGAGCAUUUUCAGCCUUAUGUGCCACUCGUGCAGCAAAAUCUUCAAAAUCUGCCAGGACAGUACAUCAAUCGUGAUCAGAUCAUCAACAUGGUGCAGGAGGCUUAUGGUCUAGUUUUGAGACCUCUAGUCAAACCAGCUUACAGAAAACCAUAUCCAGAUUUCAUAGACCAAGAAAAUCCUUUUCCAAGGGGGUUUAAGGUUCUAGAAUUCACUCUAUUUUCUAAAGAUGGUGGAUAUUCUACAAUUGAACACAUAGGCCGCUUCACAAUUCAGUGUGGCGAGGCCUCCAGUGAUGAUAAUCUGAAGCUCAGACUUUUUCCUAGUUCUUUAACUAGUACAGCUCUCACCUGUGAGCCAAAAGUGUCCAUGGCAGAUUUAUCUCGUCUGGUGCAGCGACCUGGAGAAACAUCUGAGGCCUUUCUGGCCAAAUUUCGGAAAGCCAGACUUACGUGCAGAGUUGCCUUGCCAGAACAGGAAUUUGUCAAGUUGGAACAAAAAGGUCUGGACAUUGAAUUGAGGAAAAAGUUUGAGGGAAUGGAGUUUCGUGAUUUCUUUGAGUUGUCUUACAAGGUGGCUCAUUAUGAAAAUUUAUUGCAAGAUGACACACAAAGGAAAUCUGCAUCUCAUGGGACUUAUUAUGGUGAUGUUAACUUUGAUCUGAACGUGGCAGAAGUGGUGGCAGACAAGCCAGUUGUUUGCCCAGAUUUGGUUAAAGUGGCCCAACAGACCAACAAAACAGAUAAAAUUGACAAGGGAAUUCUGUGUUUUCCAGAUAAAGCCAAAGAAACUAUGGGAGUUGAUGCAGAUCCAUUCCCUACCAUGUCUGUUGGGGUGAAUGCAGCAGAUCUCAGAAGCAUUGCCAGGGACAGAAUUCAGACAUACUAUAGGUGCAGACUUGCAGCUGAUGAUCUGAGGUGGGUCAUUGAGGGAACUGCGAUAUCUGGACGCACAGAAAAGCCCAGAAUGGUGAAACCACCACCCAGAUCUCCAAGCAAACGAUGGGAACUUGUGGUGCAUCCAAAAUUUCCUAAGGAUCAGGCACAGCCGCUCCCAGCAAGAAGAAAAUCAGUGUGGGUCCAUAAAGUAAAAGGGAGCACAUCUAAUCAGAAUUCUCCAGAAAAGGAGGAACCACCUAAAAGUCCAACAUCACCUCGAGUUCUGGCUGUGGAAUCAAAUGAAGAAACUGGUUUGAAGGCUAAAUUUGAUAUGUCAGAUGAACCGAAAAAUUCAUCAGAUGUAAUCUGUUUUGGUGAGUUUUCCGUGAAUCUAUCUUGCUUGGUGAUCACUCUUCCUUUGGUCUUUCAAGCAAGAGAGCAGCCAGAAUCUGCAGUCUGUCACCAGACAGAUUUGAUUAAGGAGAAGAAGUCAUUGAGAUCCCAAACUGAAGUCGUGAAAGCAGAUGACAAGCCGUUCGUGGCAAAUACCAAUGCAGUGGAAGCUCAUUAUUAUGAUGAAGAUAUUGGGACUAGCCGUUUCUUUGGGAUGGACCGCUAUGGCAGACCUUCUGGAAUUACUGCCUGCACCAGAUCUGCAAUGGACAGACAGACUGUGAAGGAGAAAGAUCGAAUUAAGCACCAGAAAAAGGAGGCCGUGGAAGAAAUCAAGAGAAAAUUAGUGGCUUACCUUGCUGAAAAACGGAUCUGUGUAGACAGAUCUAAAGUAGUCUAUGAAGGUGAAGAGGAACACUUGAAGGAUCAAAUAACUUUGGAGGAAUUAGAUCUAGCACCAGCAAAACUUGAUGAUUUGAAGGCAAAAGUACAAGAUCCCCUGAAGGAGGUAAAUCUGGGUCUGGACAGAAAUCUGGUGGAGCACAGAUUAUCAAUCAGAGAAGAUUUCAAGCCUUUUAAACAGCCGCCUAGACGAAUGUCUCCAAAAGUCACCUUAAAACUGAAAGAAGAGAUAGAGCGGCUGUUGAAGGUUGGUUUCAUGAGAACUUCCAGAUAUGUGGAAUGGUUAUCUAAUGUGGUUCAUGUGAUUAAAAAGAAUAGCAAGUUGAGAAUCUGUGUAGACUUCAGAAAUCUGAAUCUGGCAACACUAAAAGAUGAAUAUCAUAUGCCUAUUGCAGAUUUAUUGGUGGAUGGUGCAGCACACCACCGAAUCCUGUCAUUCAUGGAUGGCCACAGUGGAUACAACCAGAUUUUUAUAGCAGAAGAGGACAUUCCAAAGACUGCUUUUCGCUGCCUAGGAGCUAUUGGUACGUAUGAAUGGGUGGUAAUGCCAUUUGGUUUAAAAAAUGUGGGUGCAACUUAUCAAAGAGCCAUGAAUGCCAUCUUUCAUGACAUGAUUGGUCAUUUUAUGGAAAUUUAUAUUGAUGAUGUGGUUGUGAAAUCUAAUGAAGAUGAAGAACAUCUGGAGCAUUUAAAGCUGGCUUUUGAAAGAAUGAGAAAGCAUGGUUUGGAAAUGGAUCAGAACAAGGCAAGAGCUGUUAUUGAAGCACAGCCGCCAAGAAGAAAGACCAGAGUUUUUUCGCCACUGCUGAAGCUGAAAUCAGAAGCAGAUUUCAAAUGGGAGAGACACCAGCAGACCGCCUUUGAGGAAAUAAAGCAUUAUUUAUCAAAGCCGCCGGUCUUAGUGCCUCCUUUAAGAGAUAAACCUUUGAUUUUGUACAUAUCUGCCGCAGAUGAAUCUGUAGUACAUAUUGUCUCAACCACUGUCGGAGGCAGAAUUGGGAAAUGGGUUCUGGCUUUGUCAAAAUUCAACCUGAAGUACAUGCCUCAAAAAGCUGUCAAGGGGCAGGCUUUGGCAGAUUUCCUAACAGAUCAUCUGUGCCUGGAGGUAGAAGCGGAUGAGGAAAAAGAUUUCAAUUGCACCAACAACCAAGCUGAAUAUGAGGCGUUGAUUAUUGGAUUGGAAGUGUUGGUAGAGCUCAAGGUACCUGUGGUAGAAAUAAUUGAUUACUUUACCAAGUGGGUGGAAGCAAAGCCAAUGAAGAAGGUUGAUCACACCGAUAUUAUUAAAUUUCUUAAGGAAGAAAUCAUUCACAAAUUCGGUUCGCCAGAAACAGUGACUUCAGAUCAGGGAACAGUUUUUGUUGGUGCACAAGUUGAAGCGUUUGCAAAAGAAAUGGGAUUUAGGUUACUCACUUCAACCCCUCAUUAUGCUCAAGCCAAUGGUCAAGCUGAAGCUUCCAACAGAAUUGUGAUAAAUCUAACUUCACAAAGGAGUUCUACCAAGGUAACUCCAUUCUCUUUAACUUAUGGACAUGAUGCUGUUCUGCCCAUGGAGUUGUCUGCUAGAUCAUUGCGUAUAGCAAUUCAACAUGGUCUCAUUUUUGGAGAAUAUAAUGAAGCACUGAUUCUAGAGUUAGAAGACCUUGAAGGUAUGCGAUUGAUGGCUUUAAAUAGGCUGCAAACACAGAAAUUAAAAGUGGCUCGAGCAUACAACAAACGGGUGAAAUCCAGAAGUCUGGCAGUAAGAGAUCUAGUAUGGAAAGUAAUUCUGCCACCUGGAAAGAAAGACCCUAGAUUUGGGAAAUGGUCUCCAAAUUGGGAAGGACCAUUUCGUAUACAUGAAGUGCUUAGAGGAGGAGCAUAUUGGCUUGAAUCAUUAAAUGGAGAGUUACAUCCUCGAAAAAUAAAUAGAAUCUACCUUAAGCCUUGCUAUCCCAUGGUAUGGGAGGCUAGGGGUUUGAAUACUAUUAAUUCUACCUGAGACAAAUUUGAGGUAGGAUUUGUACAGUAUUUUAUUUCAUUGUUUUAAGCAUUUUAUCAUUCAAUAAAAAGUGCUGAGCCGA